AUGGCCUCUGCGAAAACUCGUGGCCUCCUGUCUCUCCUCCUCAUCCUCCCCCUCAUCACCCUCGCUUCCGCCACCACAGGUAUCCGCCUUGGCAUCAUCCGGAAACCCUCCCUGGAUGUUGCCAUCUUCCGAGAAGCCCCUGCUUUUCGAAAUGGGGAUGCCUGCCAGCCUGCAGAGAAAAUCCACAUUGCCAUGACACUGGACUCUAACUACCUAAGAGGCACCAUGGCCGCUGUGCUUUCGAUUUUGCAACAUUCAACAUGCCCCGAAUUCAUUGAGUUCCACUUUCUCUGGGCCAGGUUCGAGCCUGAGGUACUCUCCAACAUCAAAUCCGCCUUCCCAUACCUAAAGUUCAAUGUCUACCGCUUUGAUUCCAAUAGGGUUCGUGGGAAAAUAUCAAAGUCUAUACGCCAAGCCUUGGACCAACCCUUAAACUACGCACGCAUAUACCUAGCUGACAUGAUCCCAGCUGAUGUGAAAAGGGUUCUAUACCUAGACUCAGACCUUGUGGUUGUGGAUGAUGUAGCAAAGUUAUGGAAGGUUGACUUGCAAGGCAAGGUACUGGCUGCACCAGAAUAUUGUCACGCAAACUUCUCCAAAUAUUUCACAGAAUCGUUCUGGUCAGACCAAAUGUUUUCCAAGACAUUUGAAGGCAGAAAGCCUUGCUAUUUUAACACAGGGGUUAUGGUGGUGGAUGUGGAAAAAUGGAGACAAGGAGAGUACACAAAGCAAAUGGAGGAGUGGAUGGUAGUGCAAAAGCAAAAGAGGAUAUACCAUUUGGGGUCUUUGCCACCUUUUUUGCUGGUUUUGGCUGGGGAUAUUAGGGCAGUGGAUCAUAGGUGGAACCAACAUGGGCUUGGUGGGGACAAUCUUGAAGGUAAGUGUAGGAGUUUGCAUCCUGGGCCAAUAAGCCUGUUGCAUUGGAGUGGGAAAGGGAAGCCCUGGUUGAGGUUAGAUUCAAGAAAGCCCUGCACCGUUGAUCAUCUUUGGGCCCCAUAUGAUCUUUACCGUUCAUCAGCUCAUUACUUGGAAGAAUGA